AAGAGAGGGAGCCCUCCUCACGCAGCCUCCUCUCAAACUGAACACAGCCCAUCUGUUGGCAGCUACCUCUGAUCUGAGGAUGUUGCAGCGAUAGGCAGAAGCUUCCUCUUUUUAUUGUCACACUCAGCCGGCAUCCUCAGCUGUUGCUCCGCAGAGUAAUAAGUCGGAAGCAACAGAAAAGGCCAAACUAUGCGACUGGGUACCAGACGGUAGCCGGAUCCACGCUAUAUCCGACUCUGGAGCGGAUGCGAGCAAAGGUUGCUCGUGAGCAGAGGAGUAUUUUCGCUUUGUUGGAGUCGGAGCCGUGCCCAUGGAGAAGGCGACUCCACCGCCCCAGCCACAGCCCCAGGUCCAGCUGUCGAUAGCGAAAACCGAAAGUCCCGCGGAGGACAUCUCGGGUCUCACGGACGAUGAGCUGCAAAAGUGGAGCAAAGAGGAGCUGGUGCGAAGGCUCAGACGCUCCGAGGCCGACAAGAUGAGCGUGAUCCUGGACCACGGCAAUCUUAUCCGAGAGGUCAACCGUAGCCUACAGCUUCACUUGAACGAGAUCAGGGGGCUCAAGGACAUUAACCAGAAGCUGCAGGAAGACAAUCGUGAGCUGCGGGACUUGUGCUGUUUCCUUGACGAUGACCGCCAGAAAGGCAAACGUGUGUCCCGAGAGUGGCAGCGUUUAGGCCGCUACAGCGCUAGCAUCAUGCGCAAAGAAGUCUCACUGUACCUCCAGAAACUGAAGGAGCUGGAGCAGCGCCAGGAGGAUGUCAUCCGGGAGAAUAUGGAGCUAAAGGAGCUUUGUUUGAUGCUGGAUGAAGAGAAAGGCUUGGCAUCAGGAGGAGGAGGAGGCGGGACCGGAAGUGGAGGUGGCAUAGGGGGCUGCCGUAACUCCAUAGAUAGUCAGAACAGUCUGUUGUUGGUGCCUGGACAAGGACUUCUCAUGAGAGAUGUGGGAGAUGGUAGCAGUACGUCCAGUGCAGGUAGCGCUGAGAGUUCAGACCAUCCACAUCACAAGCAAACGCAUCUGACUGUGGGCGUGGCCAGUGUGAGUAGCACUGGAGACAAGGGCAGCCCAGAGAUAGUGCACAAACCAAGGUGCAGCAGCAUCAGUGCGAUAGGGGGUAUAACCGGUUUAGACAGGGACAUGUCCAGCCCUGAGCACCCUGCUGGACGCCACCGCAGCACCAGCUUAGAGUACCCCUACACUCUACCCCAGCUGUGCCGACCUCGCUGCGGGUCCAUCUCUGUGCCUGACCAUAGCCGAGUCAUGAGGGGACUGAGCCCAGAGAAAUAUGGCAGGAAUAUUGGGGGGAGGAGUCCGGAGCAGCACCCAAAGCAUCACAGCUCUGAUCUAGUCCUAGGGCAGAGGCAGCACUAUCUGGGCACGGGGGGCAGCGGGGAGCUCUUCCAAAGGCACCACAGGAGUAGCAUCAGCAGUACAGGAUGUGGGAGUCCUGAACAUCGCCAGGGGCAUCUAGGGUCAUCUGAGCUUCACGAGAAAAGUUUUGUGGUCCAAGGAGGGAGCCCUGAGACACACCGGCACCAGUAUAGUAUGAGCCCAGACCAUGCCAAGUUUGGGAGCCCAGGCAGAGAGGGCCAGAGGAGGGCCAACACGGACGAACUGUCACCUCACCAUCGGACCAUUUACAACGGCAUGAAUGCUUUGAUAUCGGCCGGAUGCUGCACCAACAACUGUAGAAAUGUCAAGCUAUGGGACAGCUUCGAUGCCUCUUCUUGACCAUAGUUCGACUUUGCGACUCCCCAAAGAAUGGAAAAGACGUCCCCUGCUGUCCUGGAUAUCUAGUCUCCACUGCUGCAAGUCUUCAUAUUAGUGACUCAGGAUAGUCAUUGUGAGGCUAUUGCUCUACGUUUGCAUCCUUUUCAGUUUCACAAGGUUUCUAGAUGCGGACAUCUCGGUUAAUGAAGGAAUUUGUAUUGUCCCUGCCAACUGUGAGACUUCCAGGAACGCACAAAGACAUUGGGAGUUUGCUGCUUACUGUUUACAAAAGUAGACCAUCAACAAGAAGCACAUUCAAAGUUGACUUCAUACCCUUUAUUUUCCGUAUUCUUCCCUAGCAACCAUUGUCCUCCAGUAAUUUCAAAGGUGCUUGUUUUAAUCAUCACCAGUGCGUAUUGAGAUGUAUUGUAAUAUUUUGUCUUUGGGUGAUUAGAGUGUGUUCUUCAUAUCUGCAACUCACAAAUCAGGCAUUACAUUAUGACCACUUGCCUAACUACACAGCCUCAUAAUCCCUUCUGUCAGAACCAGAAUCAGUGACUAGUUUUGAUGGACACCGGGAACCUACUAUUUCUUCAGUGGAUCGCUGACCUCUGCAGACAUGGACCACUACACAAGAGCCAGUGUUGUCUUGCUGUCUUAUGUAUCCAACAGUUGCCAUUAAGCGAAGAGCACUUGUGCUUCACCUGUCAAUGGUCAUGAUAUAAUGCCUGAUCUGAGUGUUUCAUCAUUCAAACUGAACUUUUAGAAGCAAAAUUGCAAUUGUGUAUUUGUCAAAAGCUGUUCUAUCCUGUGUCUUAAACCAAAAUGGUGGACUUUAGCUGCUCACAGAUAAUCUACUAUUACUGUAGUUCUAUAAGAUGCAAUGUUCAGGUGUCAUGUUCUUUUAGUCAUUUUUGCUCCCUCUAAGCGCCUAUAUACUAAAGCUGGGGAGACGCUUAUCAGUUUCUCCAUAUUGUUUUUUACAAGGUCUAAGUAGACUAUUGGAUUAGUUUUAUAUCUAUAUAUCUCUACAUAAAUAUU